AGAUUCUCUCCGACGUUAUCCACUUCCGCUUAGCUCCAAGGUACAGCGAAGCCCAUCAAUGGCGGUUAGUUAGCCUCCGCUCCUCCUCGAAGAUGAAUCGAAUUUCAGCUCUCGUGACUCCUCUCCUUCCUUCCUCCUGCUCCGUCCCGACGCGACGGCGCUACCCCGGCAGAGCGAAUCGCUACACCAAACGUCUCAACCUCAAGCCUCUCACCUCGCGCAUCGUGCUCCUCACGCGGCGUCGCCAGCUGGAUCAGAUAGUGGAGGAGGUGGAAGCGGCUAAGAAACGGUAUGGGAGGCUGAACACGAUCGUGAUGAACUCCGUUUUGGAGGCUUGCGUUCACUGCGGAGAUGUCGAUUUGGCUUUACGGUUGUUCGAUGAGAUGGCGGAGCCUGGUGGAUGCGGCGUUGAUUCCAUCACUUACGCCAUUAUCUUGAAGGGAUUGGGAAAGGCUAGGAGGAUUGAUGAGGCGUUUCAAAUGAUGGAGUCUAUAGAGAAAGGAACUGCUCUUGGGAAUCCAAAGCUGUCAUCGGCUCUUGUCUAUGGGCUGCUUGACUCGCUGAUCAAUGCCGGAGAUUUACGGCGUGCCAAUGGUCUACUUGCACGAUAUGGAACUUUACUCCUAGAGCAGGGCGGCCCGUCUAUUCUCAUCUAUAACUUGUUGAUGAAGGGGUAUAUUAACUCAGGAUCUCCACAAGCGGCAGUGGUUUUGCUGGAUGAAAUGUUACGACUUGGAUUGGAGCCUGAUAGACCAACUUACAAUACUUUGAUCCAUGCCUGCAUCAAAUGUAGCGAUUUGGAUGCGGCGAUGAAGUUUCUAAAGGAAAUGAAGGAGAAAGCAGAGGAAUACUACGAUGAUUCUCUUCGUCCAGAUGUUAUAACAUACACCACUUUGGUGAAGGGAUUUGGAGAUGCGAAGGAUCUGACAUCGCUUCAAGAAGUAUAUCUGGAAAUGAAAUUGUGUGAUAGCUUGUUCAUUGACCGGACUGCAUUUACAGCAGUCGUUGAUGCUCUUCUAAAGUGUGGUUCAACGAGCGGGGCCCUUUGUGUCUUUGGUGAAAUACUGAAGAGAAGCGGAGAUGAUGUAGAAUUGAGACCAAAGCCGCACUUGUACAUGUCUAUGAUGCGUGCGUUUGCUGUCCAAGGAGAUUACGGCAUGGUUAGAAACCUGUAUCUUCGCCUAUGGCCAGAUUCUUCCGGAAGAAUCUCCAAGGCUGUCCAACAAGAAGCUGAUAAUCUGCUGAUGGAAGCAGCUCUCAAUUCUGGUCAGCUCGAUGAGGCCCUCGGGAUUCUUACAAGUAUUGUUAGAAGGUGGAAGGCAAUACCUUGGACGACUAGUGGAGGCAUGGCUGCUGUUCGCCUAGAAGCAUUGUUAGGCUUUUCCAAGUCUAUAUUACGUCCACAUAUACUCAGUAAGGUGAUACCGGGUGAACCAAUAGAAAGUAUUAUGGUUCCAUUUGAAGCCACUCGGCCAUUGCUAGGCACACUGCAGCUGAAGAAUGUGGUCAUGCGGUUUUACAAGGAGCAAGCUGUACCAAUUGUAGACGACUGGGGAAGCUGCAUAGGCCUUUUGCAUCGAGAGGAUUGCAACAAUCUUGAUGCGUCAUUGGUAUCAAUGAUGAGAAGCCCGCCUCCAUGUGUGAGUACAACGACAUCGAUUGGUCGCGUGGUAGAUCUAGUUUUGGAAAAGAAACAUAAGAUGGUUAUAGUUAUUCAUUGUUGUGGGAACGGUUACAGCUCAAAGGCAGUAGGAGCUUUUACAAGAGCACAGUUGUAUCGGUUGUUUGAACCAGAGCAAAAGCUGCUCUGGUGGAUGUAAGUUAAGUAAUAUCCCUUUUUGUACGAGUUAAUUUCUUAUAAUUUGUUAGAUAUUCUUGUCA